GUUUAGGAAGGGAUGCUAAGCUAGCUCUGGAGUGAUCUCAGAAGACCAUCUGUCCUUUUAGCUAUACGGGUACUCUAGUUUCACAGUUUAAACAUUGAAAUUGUGAUUGUCACCUGUACUGCCAUAUUCUCAAGAGUAAUCGUCCAAGAAUGAAGAAAAUCAUUCCUUCAAGGAAGCUGUUCCAGAAUAGGGAUUGGGGAGUAGCCCUUGGAGUGUUCCUGGAGCUGCUAUUCUGCUCUACCAGCCCCAUCACCAGGGCAACAUGGCAUUCGCAGGCAAAUACGAAUUCGAAGGUGAUGAGAACUAUGAUGACUUUGUGAAGAAGAUUGGUCUCCCCAGUGACAAGAUUGAAAUGGGAAGGAAUUGCAAAAUAGUCACUGAGGUGGUGCAGAAUGGAAAUGACUUCACCUGGACGCAGCAUUUCCCAGGAGGCCGCACCACAAGCAACACAUUCACAAUUGGCAAGGAAGCAGACAUGGAGACAAUGGGUGGUAAAAAGUUCAAGGCAACUGUUAAAAUGGAAGAUGGGAAAAUAGUAGCUGAUUUUCCCAACUAUCAUCAUACUGCAGAGAUUUGUGGAGGAAAGCUAGUGGAGAUUUCUACUGCUUCUGGUGUAGUCUACAAAAGGACCAGCAAAAGGAUUGCUUAAGGCAGUAAAGCCAGUCUCUUCCAGUGCACUGAAAAACAAACAACAAUACAAAUAAAUAAAAGAGUGCUGAUUGUCUU